CUCACGGACACCAAGCAGCUUUACAACAACUCGCGGACACUUUCACCUCUCAACCGGUGAUCUGCAUUUUGAUUGGCUGCAGGCCGGUUAUGGAGCAUCUAUAUAUUAGAAAGAUUUUCAGUGAUCGAGGAUUGCUGGUUAAUAUGAGCUAAUGCACGCUGGACAGCGAUACCCGCUCAGUCGGUGUGAAGCUGUGAUUGAGGCUGCUGUGGGGUGUGCAGUUUCUCACAUUCUGUAGAGGACACACACACAUAGAGCUGAGGGAUUCUCUGGCUCACUGGAGUUCUGCAGACGCACGAUGGAUCUCUAUAGGAGCUGCUUGCGUUGGCUGUGUGUGCUGCUCAUUGGGCUUCUGGGACUCGUGGAGGAAAACUUGGCCAAUGUUUUGGACUCUAUGCUGCUGAGGAAUUCUGGGAAGGUGGAAGAGCGUCGGGAGACAGGAAGUGAUGCGCCAGCUUUACCUCAGCGCUUCCUUUGGUGUUACUGUUAUCAUCACUGUCCGGAGGACUCCACGAAUAACACGUGCAGGACAGACGGCUACUGCUUCACCAUGGUGGAGGAAGAGGGUGGAGCGGCUGUAGUGACGUCAGGCUGUCUGGGUCUGGUGGGAUCAGAGUUUCAGUGCCGAGACACAGGGAACUCCAAGCAGCGGCGGGCGCUCGAGUGUUGUACAGAUCAAGACUACUGUAACCGAGACCUGCACCCAACACUGCCUCCGUUACGCACACCUAGUUAUGUGGUUGGAGACAUUCAUCAUAUCGCUCUGCUCAUCUCAGUGAGCGUCUGUAGCUUCAUCCUCACCUUCAUCAUCAUCUUCUGUUACUUCAGAUAUAAGCGUCAUGAAUUAGCACCGCGCUACAGUCUCGGUCUACAUCCAGACGAAAGCUUCAUUCCUGCUGGAGAAUCUCUGCGGGAUCUCAUAGAGCAAUCCCAGAGCUCCGGUUCUGGCUCAGGACUCCCUCUACUGGUGCAGCGCACUAUAGCGAAGCAGAUCCAGAUGGUGACACAGAUCGGGAAGGGUCGCUAUGGAGAAGUGUGGAUGGGAAGAUGGAGAGGAGAGAAAGUAGCUGUGAAAGUGUUUUUCACCACAGAGGAGGCCAGCUGGUUCAGGGAGACCGAGAUCUAUCAGACCGUCCUCAUGAGACAUGACAAUAUACUGGGAUUUAUAGCGGCUGAUAUUAAAGGUACAGGCUCGUGGACGCAGCUCUACCUGAUCACAGACUAUCAUGAGAACGGCUCUCUGUAUGACUAUCUGAAGUGCACCACGCUGGACAGCAGAGCCAUGCUGAAACUUGCCUAUUCCUCCGUCUCGGGCCUUUGCCAUUUGCACACCGAGAUCUUCGGCACGCAGGGAAAACCAGCCAUCGCCCACCGAGAUCUGAAGAGCAAAAACAUCCUGGUCAAGAGAAACGGAGCUUGCUGCAUCGCUGACCUCGGCCUCGCCGUCAAGUUCAUCAGCGACACUAAUGAAGUGGACAUCCCUCUGAACACUCGUGUGGGAACCAAACGCUUCAUGGCUCCUGAAGUUCUGGACGAGACACUGAACAGGAACCAUUUCCAGUCCUACAUCAUGGCAGACAUGUACAGCUUUGGCCUCAUCCUGUGGGAGAUCAGCAGACGCUGCGUCACCGGAGGUAUAGUAGAGGAGUAUCAGCUGCCGUAUCAUGAUCAUGUUCCCAAUGACCCGUCAUAUGAAGACAUGAGAGAGGUGGUCUGCAUCAAGAGGAUACGACCCUCCUUCCCCAACCGCUGGAGCAGUGAUGAGUGUCUCCGACAGAUGGGGAAGCUCAUGACAGAGUGUUGGGCUCAUAAUCCGGCCUCUCGUCUCACAGCCCUCCGCGUUAAAAAGACUCUGGCCAAGAUGUCUGAAUCCCAGGACAUUAAAGUCUGAGAGCAAUUCUCCACCCAAACCCUGAACUCACAGCAACACUCACACACUUGCUGGAAAAUGCCACAGAUCUCCUUCAGUGAGCAGAUCUCAGCGCGGGACGUCCUGAUCAAAGAUAUCCAGCCGUGAGGAUGAGCUUGCGGGACGCUAAAAGUGGUAACACAGCAGGAGAAGUUGACGCAGAACUCAAGUUUUUCUGUAUUUGAAAAUGAUUUUGUUGAAUCGUGUCAGAUUUCAGAGAACAAUGGUUGACGUUCAAGUCAUAGGAGCUGCGGUUUUCCCUCCUUUUUUAUUUUUUUGGUGGGCUGUGCCUUAUUUAUUGUGUAAAUAUAGAUGAAGUUUUGAGAGCUGCAUUAUUGUGCUUAAAUAAAUGUUGUAAAAACACUGAA